UCGUUGUUUUUCCUGCGUUAUCUAGGCCUAGCAGCAGCAGCCUGAGCUCCUUAUCAGGCGAAGACCUAAGCCUUUUCAAUAUCGACAACAGUCCCUAAAACGAAAGUUUCAUUUCAAGUGGUUGGCAACAUUAGGUAUUAACCCAUUUUUAUAUUCGUGACUGACAAAAACAGUGAAGUGAAAUUGUGACAGUUGUUAUUGGCAAGAUGAGCGUCGAGGAGGUCAACGAUUUUUGUGCAAUUUCUCUAAGCGGCUUGGUCUUGUCUAGAAUUAUCAAUUUUCAAAACUUACCAUUUUCUAUAAAUUAAUAUUGUCGCGUUAAAUCUUUCGAGGCACAUAAACACAAGCAAUAACCUUUUGUUCUGUCUUGUUUGUAAAGAUUUGAAAGUAGUAAGUUCCAUAUCAUAGUAACAAGAAAAUCAAUAGGUGCACAAUGCGCGUAUUGUACAGUGGCUUCAAUAUGUACGGACAAAUAAUUCAUGAAGCAGAAUGUGUCGUUAAAACCAUUAAAGAGUUUGAAUAUGCGGAAGUUGGAGACCUUGAACUCGCCUAUUCCUAUUUAUUAAUUAAAACAAACAGCGACAGUUUUGAAGUCCACGGUGCCAUUAGUAGCACCGACGAAAAAACGACCCGAACGCUCGACUUUCCCGAAAUAAAAAAAGAUACAGUUCAAUUCUCUUGUUGCCACAAAUGGUGUCUUUUUCUAACCAAAUCGGGGGAAAUUUUCAAAUGGGAAAUAGCAAAUCCGGAUAAAGUAGGCCUGUUGCCAUCUUUAGUAUCUUCCGAUGAUGAUGAUGAUAAGGUCAGCAAGAUCCGUUGUGGAUCGCACAUCACUGUCGCCAGUUCUUUUAAAGGAAAAAUAUUUAACGUUCCAAACCUUUUAGAACAUAGAAUUCCAAAUUUAAAAGAUUUUUGCGUAGGUAAUGAACAUUGUAUUCUUUUGGAUACAACGGGGAAUGUGUACAGUUUUGGGAGAGGAAGGAUAUGGUGUUCUAGUCGAGGCCAGUUAGGUCAUGGUAAUUUGAAUGACGAAUCAGAACCAAAAUUGGUGGAAGCUUUGGCAGGAAUAAAAAUAAUUUCUGUGGCUUCCGGUGGAUGGCAUUCUUGCGCCCUUAGUGCCGAUGGUGACCUAUAUAUUUGGGGUUGGAACAGCAACGGUCAACUGGGUUUAGCUUCAAAAGAUUCCCAUUCAGCGGCUACGGAAGCGGUCUCUGUAAUGGCCACGCCACAUCCGGUUGAGCUUUUCGGAAAUCAAGUCGAUUCUAACGUGGUACAAAUGGCCUGUGGAAGCAGGCACACAAUAGCAUUGUUAGAUAACAAUGAAUUGUAUGGCUGUGGAUGGAAUAAGUACAAUCAACUUGGAAUUUCGUCUCCGGCCACUGAAAACAUUCAUAAAAUGACAAAAAUAAUUGAUUUAAACCGUCGUAGUAGCAAAAUGCAGUUGAAAUGUGGUCCUUGGGCAACUGCAGUGUUAUUGUUCUUAGAAUAAGUUCUUUUUCAAUUAUUUGUUAUGAACAGAUAUUAUGUAAUAAUAAUGUAUAGGUAAUAUAGUAUUUUUCAGCUA